UCUGCCCCUGCCAACUUCCAAACUUGUUGUAUUGAACACGUCGUCAAGCUUUGAUUUUAUACAUCCAUCAACACGACUCCCACCGAAAUCUAAUGCAUAUGCCCCUCCCUUAAACCCCAGAAAUGAAUUCAACCGAAUCCCGCAAUCUUGUCGGUGAACCCGAUGGGGACCCCUCCGACGAACCAAACAAAACCGACGACCACCAUUCCAAUCAUCUCCUCAUAACCAGAAUCUUUCUCGAACCUUUCCGAUGGCUCCAAAUGCUGUCUUCCCAGCUCUCCCCGACCUUUGUCGCCGGCGUCGUCCUCGUCUACGGCCUCAACCAGGGCUUCUCCGGCUCCUUCUUCAAGGUCGUCUCCGACUACUACUGGAAAGACGUCCAGAAAGUCCAGCCCUCCGCCGUCCAGCUCUACUCAGGCCUCUACACCAUCCCCUGGGUCAUGAAACCCAUUUGGGGACUCCUCACCGACGUUUUCCCGGUCAGAGGGUUCCGACGGCGUCCGUAUUUCGUCCUCGCCGGCGUCGUCGGGGCGCUCUCGGCGGUGGCGGUGGCGCUGGACGGGGGGAUGUCGGCGGCGGCGGCGGUGGGGUGCCUGAUGGGGCUUUCGGCGGCGGUGGCGAUCGCGGACGUUACGAUCGACGCGUGCAUCGCGAGGAACAGCAUCGAGAUCCGCGCUUUGGCAUCCGAUUUGCAGAGCCUAUGCGGCUUCUGCUCCUCCGUCGGGGCUUUGCUCGGCUACUCUUCUAGCGGCUUCUUCGUUCAUCAUCUUGGUCCCCAGGGGGCAUUAGGUCUUUUGGCUGUUCCACCAGCAUUACUAGUUGUUCUUGGCUUUUUCAUAUAUGAGCAAAGGACGAUCAGCUCCCAUUCUGAGAAGAAGGCAGUGGAGAAAUUAGGAGUGGCAAUGAAAGGCAUGUACAAAACAAUCAAAUUCCCUCAAGUGUGGAAGCCAUCACUCUACAUGUACCUAUCUUUGGCUCUCAGUAUAAGUACUCAUGAAGGGCAGUUUUAUUGGUACACCGACCCUAAAGCUGGCCCCGCAUUCUCUCAGGAGUUUGUGGGGAUCAUUUAUGCGAUAGGUGCAAUGGCAUCCAUAGUAGGAGUGUUGAUCUACCACAAGACUCUCAAGGACCACCCUUUUAGAAACAUUCUCUUUCUCGCCCAACUUCUCUACGGCGUGUCCGGAAUGAUUGACCUCAUCUUCAUCCUAAGGUGGAACUUAGCCCUCGGAAUCCCCGACUACUUUUUUGUUGUCAUGGAGGAAUGCGUCCACCGGAUUGUCAGCAGGAUUCGGUGGAUGCCAAUGAUUGUGCUGAGCAGCAGGCUCUGCCCUCUGGGCAUCGAGGGCACGUUCUUUGCGCUGCUGAUGUGCAUUGACAGCCUCGGCGGGCUGUCCUCCAAGUGGGGUGGGGGAAUGGUGCUUCAUCUGCUCCAUGUCACAAGAACUGACUUUACAAACUUGUGGUUGGUCGUUCUAAUUAGGAACGUUUUGAGGUUUUCGACUCUGGCUUUUAUAUUCUUAGUUCCCAAGGCUGGUCAAUCUGAUGUUUUGAUCCCUUCCGAUCUUUUGACAAAAAAUUCCACGUCCAUAGACGAGGAAGAUCACGAGAACCUAGAAUUAGUUCCUUUGAACGUUGAGAAAGCUCAAGUUUAGUGGUUUUUAUGCAUAGAACUUGGAGUACUUACUACACGACAUGUACACUAUCCGAAGAAAAUGUCAAUGGUUAUAAAAGCAACUCUCAUUCUUUAGCUUCAUUUUCUUGCACUACUUGUAAAAUUUUUCUUCCGGGGGUUUCUUAGGUAGGCCUCCUUGAUUUAUAAUCAUUGAAUCUGAUCAAAAUCACAUGAGAGAAGAUCCUUAAGCCCAACACUAGCCCAG